CGAAUGACGUAAACAGCACUUCCGCAUUACCAGACCCUGAGUUGUGAAACCUCGGUUUGUUUGAAUGCGUUUAAACCAUUUACACGUCCUUAAUUAUAUCUGACUGUUUAGUUAUGCUCAAGGCUUGAAAGAGGCGAGAUACAGCAGGAGAGAAGAAUAUUGAAAAAAAAAAUGGUUAAGGAUUGUUUUCUUCCCGGACGUGGUGCUGAUGGGAGUGGGCUCAGUUUCUUUUUCCUGAGGGGCGGAGCCAAGUAACUAUUGCUGGGAAAACAAAGUUGGUGUAAAUAAGGGAGGAAGCAGCGGAUAACGGUAACUUUCUUGGAUGGUAGUGAUCUCGGACUGAGCAACGCCUUGAAGUUGAAGAUGUUGCGUUACAUUGUCAUCAUCUCUGUGCUUCUCAUGAUGGCUGUAAAUGUCCAAGCACAGUGUGGGAAACCUGCUGUUGGAGAAAACAUGAUUUUGAUUGAUGGAUUAGAUCAACAGACCUUUCCAAAUGGAUCCUCUGUAAAAGUCAAAUGUUCCAUUGGUUAUAUACCUGAGAGAGCAUCAGCUUCCAGAUCAAUGACCUGCACUGGAACACAGUGGAGUGACCUCGCACUUCAAUGCAAAAAAAGAUCCUGUGGCAAUCCUGGCGAGAUUCCCAAUGGAAAGUAUUUGUUUCCAGAAGGAAUUCUUUUUGGUGCAACAAUCACAGCACAGUGUAAUGAAGGUUAUCGGCUUAUUGGAACCAGAGCAACUAGAAAUUGCAGAGAAUCAGGUUGGGAUGGGAGAAAUCCUACAUGUGAAGUGGUGAAGUGUGAAAAGCCUCCCACUAUAAGCGGUGGAGUGUUUGAACCAGAUCUCGAUGCAUAUGAUUAUGGAGAAGGAGUCACAUACCAUUGUAAUAGAGGUCUGGAUCUUAUUGGAUCUUCAGUAAUAUCAUGCUCUGGUGAUGGAACUUUUCAGCCUCUUCCUCCUCAAUGUCGGGAUGUGUCCUGUGAGAGACUGGUCAUCCCAAAUUCAUCUAGAAUAGGAGGAAAAUCACCACCUUAUAAAUAUAACAACUUUGUCCAGUACCAGUGUGAUGAAGGCUACAGAAUGGAAGGGUCUGGUUACCUGACCUGUAAGGAAAAUGGGUGGGAUCCACCUCCUCCUCGGUGCAUUGAGAUCACCUGUGAUUCACCAUCCAUCAGAAAUGCAGUUAUCGAUGGAAGCUCAUCACCUUACAGAUACGGGGUCUCAGUCCAAAUCAGGUGUACUGAAGGUUACAGGGUAGAAGGGUCUGGUUCCCUGACCUGUGGGGAAGAUGGAUGGAAGGCACCUCUCCCACAGUGUGUCGAGAUCACCUGUGAUUCACCAUCCAUCAGAAAUGCAGUUAUCAGUGGAAGCUCAUCACCUUACAGAUACGGGGUCUCAGUCCAAAUCAGGUGUACUGAAGGUUACAGGGUAGAAGGGUCUGGUUCCCUGACCUGUGGGGAAGAUGGAUGGAAGGCACCUCUCCCACAGUGUGUCGAGAUGACCUGUGAUGCACCCAACAUUAACAAUGCAUUCAUAGUUGGAAGAAAGUCAUCCUAUAGCUAUAACAUGUCCAUCCAGUACAAGUGUAAUAAAGGCUACAGAAUGGAGGGGUCUGGCCGCCUGACCUGUGAGGAAAAUGGAUGGAAUCUACCUUCUCCAAAGUGCAACAUUGUGACCUGUUUAAAGCCUCCUGUUAUCACCAAUGGACUGCUAAACCCCCCGAAGGAUAUAUAUGAAUAUGGAGAAACAGUCACAUACUCAUGUAGGAAAGGAUUUACACUUGAUGGUGACUCAACAGUAUCAUGUACUGAUGAUGGAAACUUUCAGCCUUCUCCUCAGUGUCUGGAGACAUUCUGUAGUGAACCCCAAAUUGAGAAUGGAUUUAUAUUUGAAGGUGGUUCAACAUCUUAUGGAUAUAAAUCAUCAGUUCGUGUCCAAUGUAACACUGGAUACAAGAUGGAAGGGUCCGAUUACCUGACCUGUGAGGAAAAUGAAUGGAAUCCACCCCUUCCAAAGUGCAACAAUCAGAUAUUGAUCCCUAUACUUAUUGUCCUAGGACUGGUUUUUCUUUGUGUUGGCGGCGGCUGCUGUUACAUGAAAAACAGAAAUAAUAAACGAUCUAAAGCUGGUUUAAAAGCUGAAAGCUGUGCUCUGACUAAUAUGACCUCCAAAGUUCAUUCAGCAGAGGAAACAUCACCGAUAAGCACGUACUGAUGCACAUCCCAGAGUAUCUCCAGCUAAUUUUACUGCCUUUUAUUCAGCAAUGUAAUUUGGUCAUCUUGCUUUAGGGUAUUGUAUAAGGGCCUUUCACUGACAUCACAGGUUUUUGUUUAUCAUGCAGCGUCCGCCAUAUUGCUGGGCAAACAAAGAAACAUAGCCGCAAUGGUUAAUAAUGAAAAUCGAGACAACUGCAGUCAGUACAGUCUUUCUGAAAUGAUUUAAAAAUUUAUAUUAUACCAGCAGAUCGCAUUACACCCAAAAGCUGAAACAUGCAGGCACAUGUUUCAUAGAUCCCUAUCAUUUACCCACAAAUGCAUUUAUUUAUUCACAAUACUCUGGGUCUGUGCACGCACACGGGUGUUCACUGCUUCAAAUCAAUUAAAUGCAGAGGAGGAAUUUCACUAUGCUUAAGUGUACAUGUGACAAACAUAAAGGCUACUUCUUAAUUUACCCACAAAUUAAUUUAUUCCACUUGGUGUACAACAAACCACUAUUGGUUUUGGGAUACUAUGACAUCCUGAACUAUUUAGUAUUUGGGACUUCUAAAUACACCAGAAAUGCUAAAGGCAGACAAAAGUACAGAUGCCUACCAAUAUUUCGAGGCAGGUUUCAUGCAUGCCAAAACGUUAUGGAAAAUUCUCGAUAAAGAAAAAUACCUUAUGACAAAGGUAAGCUCAAACGUGGACGACUUCUAAAAAAGUUUGUCCCUGGUUUGUACUAAACAAACCAGGGACUAGAGCUAGCAUAUUUUAUGGUGUUUACCCUCAUCUACAUUAUCAGUACAUAACAAACAUGCUGUUAGUCGAGCCAAGCAUUAGGUCUAACAAACUAUAUCUUGUCCAAAGCCCACAUCCAGAUAUACAUUUUAAUGUUCAUACAUUUUGCCAUUUGGCAUGCUUUUUGUGGUGUGGUAGAGCUGCUAAGUAUGAGAUGCUUGUGUAUGUACCAGUAGAGUAUUGAGUAGUGCCAGACCAUGCAACCUGUUAAAAGCUUUAUUAUCUAGACCAAAGUUCUUGCCGAUGUUACACCAGUUUAAAGGCAUGUUGAAUGGUAACUUGAGUACGCCAAGGCAUCCAGUCUUCCCAUUUAACUGCAGGCUUAUCUCCACGUCUGUUAUUACAUCCAAAAGCACUACAUGUCUCUGGCAUUGUUAUUUUAGAUGUAACCUCUACAAGUUUAUCUGUAGAUGUUGACUGAAUUGGGCUUACAGUCACUCGCAUACACUUGUGCCGGUCUUCAAACACAAAGCUUGCCCCGCAAUAUGGCCAUGUAAACAAAUCUGCAGUUACGAUGACCUCAUGUGAAAGGCCCGUAUAGCCUUAACAUUAAUAUAUAUAUAUAUAUAUAUAUAUAUAUAUAUAUAUAUAUAUAUAUAUAUAUAUAUAAUAGUGUGUGUGUGUGUGUGUGUAUAUAUAUAUAUAUAUAUAUAUAUAUAUAUAUUAGGGGUGGGUAUCGCCAAGGACCUCACGAUACGAUACGCAUCACGAUACUUGAGUCACGAUACGAUACUGCGAUAUAUUGCGAUAUUCUACAUAGUUCACUGAAAAAUGUAAACGCAUUAUGCAUCUUAAAAUCCGAGUUGUAUGUACAUCAGAUGAUAGUGAUAAUUCAUGGGACAAACUGAGUCAAAACAAUGUAAUUCUAAUUAUCCAUGCCAUUUUACUGUAACUAUACAAGCGCAAGUUACAACGUAUUUGCAGGAACAACACACUGUCUGGAACACAUUGAAAAGUGCAGUGUGCAUCUUAGUCUCCCUGAGCACAAUUAUGAAACACAGUGCAGUGUGGGUCUGUGUCCACACACUGAAACUGAACUGAAACCUCAGUGAAUCACGUUUCUUCUGAACUUUGAGUAAAUACUCAAAAUAAAAUGCAGUGUCUCACACACACUAAAAUUGAAAAUGCAAAAUAAAGUGCAGCUUCUUGCCUUUGGCCUUAAAUGACAAAAUUAAGUUCACAGUUACGGUAAAUCACACAUCACUGAAGUAGAUGGGAGGACUUUGGCACUGUCCAGUGUAGUUUGCUUCGGGUCGGGUUUCGGUGGCUCCGGCUGAGCUAAUAUGUCGGGGUGGUGUCGUGCUAAGUAAGUUCGCUGUGUUACCUGAAUAUCUAAUUGGAGCGAAACAGGUUUUGCAAAGUGCGUACUCUUUGUCCAGCUCACUGUUUUUUCCUCCUUUCCUUUGGAAUCCAAAGUGCCUCCAAACAUCUGCCUUAAAGUUCGCCGGCGUCUCUAGGUUUACGUUAACAGCCAUGCUUGCUUGUUUUUUUUUUUCCCUCACUGCAACCACCGGGAAAAAAAGAGAAGACGAAGAGUGCCUUGCAGUGAGGUAGCAGCACAGCGACACCUUGCGGAGCGGAGGUGCGGAAGUCGUACUGGAUUUACAACCCGUCUGAAACAUGAUUUAUUAUUUGAAAAAAUAUCGAUAUUCAAAUUUUGAGUAUCGAUAUUGAAUCGGAAGACAAAGUAUCGCGAUAUAUCGCCGUAUCGAUAAUUUUGCCCACCCCUUAUAUUGUGUGUGUGUGUGUAUAUAUAUAUAUAUAUAUAUAUAUAUAUAUAUAUAUAUAUAUAUAUAUAUAUAUAUAGUGUGUGUGUAUGUAUGUUUACUCUUCAAAGCAAAGUCUGCUGCAUUCUCUUUUUGUGCAAACCUCAUUUGUACAACUACCACAGCUCAGUUAUGAGUGACUUCUAAUGUUAGCUUUUUUUUUUUGAGUUAUGUUUGCACUAUUUUUAUAGGCUGUUGAAUCAAGUUUGUGAGCACUUACCAACUUCAGGUAGCUUCACAGACUGAGCUGUAAAUGGAAAAAUAUCAAGCAUUGGCUUUUACUUUGUACUAGAAUACACUGUAAAGAAGGCAUGGAUUAUUUUGAACACAGAUUAUUUCCUUCUUUUUUUAAAUUAUACUUUUAUGAAUCUCUGUCAGUCAGAGAUUACAGUCUUCUGGUGCCCCUAGAGCUCACAGUAGAUGCUAAAACAUCCGUUUCUUUUAAAGAGCAUAUUUCUACUGAGCCUGAGGCAGAUAAUGGUUUUAGUGUAAAUACACCAGUGAUUAUUGGGGGGGGGGGAAAGCAUCCAGAAAAAAUUUUUCAAUCUUCAAAAGUGGCAUGCAAAUGUAAUGUGCGAAGACUUGCAACACACGUGCAGGCUUAUCCCUUAUCUACGCCAAGUAACAUACUUUGUUUUGAAAUAGAUAAAAUCACAAUUCCACCUUAUCUUUUGAAUAGUUUUAGAACAAACUUCGUAGCAUCUUUAGUGCUUUUAGGAACAGCAUUUUCUUUCAUGAUUUCUAAGUCGUCUUCACUUACGGUGAUGAAACAAUUGGCUGCCAUUUUACCAAGUCACUGGAGGUGAUUAGCAAGAAAUAAUCCGAAUAUCUCAACCAAUCAGCGCGCACGAUUUCCUGUAAUCACCUCCAUAUUUAUACUAAUGAAUAUUAAUAAACUGAAACAUGCCUGAUUUGUAUUUGAGACAGAAGCUUAGAAAGACUUUUUUUUUAACUGGAUUGGGUACGUUAAGAGUUUGUAUCAAAUUAAAAAUGGGUAAAAGAACUGACAUAUUCUGGACCUGCUCCAAAAUGAACAGAGACUUUUAGAAUUCUCUUAAUGAUCCUUAGUGUUUUAUCUUAAUCAAUGUCCAUUAACAUGUUUGAUGUAAGUACUGAAUGAAUUAGUCUCAAGAAAUCUGAAGAGAAGCUGAUUGCUAGGUGGCUACAAACUUUACAUCUCAGACAGUGUGCACAUAAUGAGAGCCUUUGUUUGGAAAAGCAGUGUCAUUUCAAAAUUUUAUUUAUUUAUUUUAUUUAUCCUACUGAUAAAUAAAGUGGAUAUAAAUGUA